AUGGGUCGACACUUCGCUCUCAGUUGGCUGGCAACAUGUCUGCCCUUGGCCACAGCAACCAACCUCUACGCUACCCACUAUGACGGCUCCGUCUACAGUCUCUCCCUCCAGCGCAGCGACGACACCUACUCCCUGUCCAUCGCCUCCUCGCUAAAGACUUGCGGCUCGAUGCCCAGCUGGCUGACCUUUGACUCGGCCUCGCGCAUUCUAUACUGCUCUGAUGAGUCUGGCGAUGCGUCCACCAACGGAUCUCUGACCACUCUGGCGGCCGACGAGGACGGCACCCUAACGGAGAUAGCCACUGCCGCGGCACCUGGAGGCGGCGUGAACAGUAUCUUCUAUAGCGGUGAUGACGGCACUCAUGGUGGCUCCGCGAUGUCGACAUUCCGUCUUCCUUUGAAUCAGGGAGAUGAGAACCUCCAGGUUUUCCGCUACAACCUCUCCGAAACCAAACAGAACCCGCAGCAGAAUGCGCCCCAUCCUCACCAAGUCCUCCUGGACCCAACUGGAUCGUUUAUACUCGUGCCGGAUCUGGGAGCGGAUCUCGUCCGCGUGUACGCCAUCGACAAGUCUAGCGGUGAAUUGGAUGGGACCUGUCCUGACCUCUCUUAUCCAGAGGGGAGCGGACCGAGACACGGCCUUUUCUGGCAGACGGAGCACUCUACACUCACCAGACAACUCAAGACUCGGCAGCAGGACAGUCAAGUCCUGUACAUUGUCGAUGAAUUGGACGGACACUUCAAAGGGUUCACGGUCUCCUACACGUCCGAUGGCUGUCUCGGCUUUGAUGAGUUCCAGUCCUUCGAGCCGUACACCGAAGGCCAGCUACCGGACGGGGCCACGCCAUCAGAAAUCCGUCAAGCGGGCAAUUCCUUGUAUGUGUCGAUCCGGAGUGAUCAAGGCUUCGCCCCCAACGAUUCAAUGGCAAAUCUGGACCACUCUUCGAAUAACACGAUCACCUUGAACGAACUCACCUCAUCGUAUGGCACGGUUCCCCGCACUUUUGUGAUUAACCAGGCGGGCGAUUUGGUUGCGAUUGGCGAUCAAUCGUCGUCGAACGUUGCGAUCGUAGCGCGGGACCCGCAGACUGGAAAGCUGGGGGAUGAGGUGGCAAAUGUGCAGAUCGGCGAACCGGGGGUGGUCGGUACAUCGACGGGGUUGAGCAGUGUGGUAUGGGAUGAGUAG